UCCGCCCUCGGCAAAGAGCUGGGCUGAAAAAAAGCAGGCGGGCGCGGGCGAAGUCAGUCGCGCUUCCUUCGCCGGCGGGGAUGUCGCGGCUCGCUGGCUCCAGCGCUUCCCGCCGGGGGACCAGGUUGCCGUUCAGGUAAUUCUCAAACAGAUCAAUGAAAAGAAAACAAUGACAAGUUGUGGUCGGCAAUCCUUACAUACACUGAUUAUUGUAUUCUGUUCGCUCUGGUCGGCAGCUUUCUCUGCACAUUUUCGAGUCUGUGAGCCAUAUACCGAUUACAAAGGCCGUUCCCACUUUGGAUUCCAUUGUCCCCGACUGUCGGACAACAAAUCGUACAUCUUUUGCUGUCACCACAACAACACCGUCUUUAAAUAUUGCUGUAAUGAAACAGAGUUUCAGACUGUUAUGCAGAUGAACCUAACGGGCAGCGCGGAUGGAUACAUGCAUAACAAUUACAGUGCACUGUUAGGAGUUUGGGUCUAUGGGUUUUUCAUUGUUGUCUUGCUGGUUCUGGACCUUUUAUAUUACUCCUCCAUGAACUACGACAUUUGCAAAGUUUACAUGGCAAGAUGGGGAAUCCAGGGGAAAUGGAUGAAACCGGAAACAAGCCGGUGGAUUAAACCAACUCAGGACUCAAGGCAAGUAGAGACUCAGACGCAUUCUCAGCCUGCCUCUCAACCAUCCCAGGCUGUCCACACCUUAAAAGGAGAAGCUUUAACUCCACCACUGAUGUCUUUCCCAAGCUCAACUGCCUGAAAAGAGAAUAUUUUGACGUGCCUCAAGAUGGAAGAGGUAACAUUACAGCCCAGAAGUAACAGCUUUAUCUGAAAAGCACAAUGGGAAGUUGUUGAACGAUGAGGAGAAUGAGUCGAAGGAGAUGGGUUAUUCGAAUCUCCCCUAUGGCAAGUGAAGGUAUCCAGAAAUCAAGGUGAGGCCAUGUUACUUAAAUGAUAUCUUGGAAGCCCAAGACAUCCGUCCUGAAAGAAGAGAGAAUUUGAGGGGAAACCAUGGAAAUCCAACCUAGGAUGAAAAUAUACUACAACACCAACUUAUUUUUCUUCCCCACUCAUGAAAUCUCAUUUGAGCCACCUCGUACGGAUCAGAACAAGAAUGUGACUUUUUCCCAAAAUGUUCUCCAGUGAAUAUUGUCACAAUAGGCCAGAUGUGGAUUGUCUUAAUCACUUUGUCCUCAUGGUUUUCCCCCUUGGGGAGACAGAGGAGAGAAAAGCUAUAAUUUGAAAUGGGAAAGUAUCGUUUUAAUGGGUGAAAAAGUAGCAACCUCACAUUUCAGUUUCUGAGCACACCAAAGUGGCCUCUCUUACCUGUGUACAUGGGGCAUUGGGAGAAGAGCAUCUCUUCUCACGGGCCCCAAUUGGAGGAAAAAAAAAAUCGAAGAAA